CGUACUUUAGUAUAUAUGUGCAUGUAAUACCCUUCGUCCAUUGAUGACAGUAGACAUGUAUUUCGUACUCACCUCAUUUAAUACCCUGCGUCCAUUAAUGACAGUAUGUGUCAUCAACCGGCCACACUACUGUUAUGUUGACACGCCUUGGGAGGUGGAGCAUGUGUUCUUCAGAUUUACAUGCAUAAUAAAACUACCUCUUAGCUGUAAAUAAAUGAAUAAAGCUACUACACAAGGUAUCCAAUGGAAGUAUAACUUGGUCUAGACAGUAAAAUUAAGUACUCCAAAUGAAAAUAAACGGUAUCCGAUAAAACUUCCCCUACACCGUUUAAGCAUCAAUCAUAUUAAGUAGAAACAUUUAAUACAAUCAAUUGGUUUAAGACUUAAAAGUUAUGGAAUUGAACUCUUCCUACGCCCUGUCAAUCAUAUAACUUAUUGCGCAAAAAAAAUUUAUAAUAUUUGAUGGGUAAAUAAAAGGUAUCCAAUUAAACUAUGCUUACAUUUGACCAGUCAAAUAGACUAAGGGCCAAAAUGAUUUAGAAUUAAUUCUAAACUUGGCAUUUCUCAAUGAGAAAGGGGUGUGCUAUGACAAAAAUAAUAAAUGAGAGCAAUAAAUAGCAGGAAGAGGAUAGCUGUCCACUUCCAACCUGCGGUGUGUGUGUGUGUAAGUUGGGUGGCUUGGGAGUCCAAUUCCCCUAUAUAUACCACACCCGCUCGAGUCGACGCUUCAGGUAGCCAUGGCAGCCACGAUGAAGCUCAGCACCCUUGGUUCUGCAGCCAGCAUGUUAAGCACGGGUUUGUUCGACGAGCAGUUCCAGAAGUUGCUUCUGCUCCAGAACAAGAGCGACCCAAACUUCGUUACCGAGACCAUCACCAUGUUCUGCGAGGACGGCGAGCAGACCAUUGCUGAGCUCACCAAGCAGCUGGGCAAGCAAUGCGUGAACUUCGAUGAGGUAGCUACUUUUGUGCAUAAGCUUGAGGGCUGCAGUGCAAGUGUUGGUGCUAAGAGAGUGAAGAAUACCUGCAUUCAAUUCCUUGAGUUUUGUAAGGAGAAGAGCAGAGAUGGGUGCCUGAAGACACUGGAUACUCUGAGGGUUGUUUUCGAUGAAGUGAGCGGCAAGUUUAAGGAUAUGCUUCAGCUGGAGCAGCAGCAAGCCGGAGCAACAAAGUGAGAGCCACAUGUUGGGACGGCACUACUGCCUUUGAAGUUGUAGAACAAGAUUUGCUUCUGUGAGGUCGCCUGAAGCUUCUUAUCGGAAAACUGGUCAUUUAGCGUCGCCGAUAUCUGUGUUACUCUCGGCAGUGUCAUUUUUAGUUCUCAGUGGUUAAAUAACAAUCAUCCGCCGUCAUUUUGCGGAUCGUCAGUGGUUAAUCUGGCUGCUCAGUUCUGGCAAGCCAGUUUCGGUCGUAGGAGUGCAGAAGCAGUGUAAUGUCGACAGAGUCAUGCCUCGGCCAGUGUAUCGGCUGUGGUUGUUUGUUGUGGAGAACAUUGUGUGUUAUUCUAAUUUCAAGUUAUGUUGUGUUGGGGAAAUUUUUAUUGCUAUAGAAUUCCUCAGCUCAAGUUAUUUUCUAUUCAGUCUCAGGUGUGUUUUUCGUGCCUAGGGAUUCUUCUAGAGUGCACAAAUAUCAUGUUGGUUCUGUGCUAGCUGGUAUAUGGAAACAGUUCAAUACCCGGAUGAACUGAUGAGGUAACACUCUUAGCAACCUGUCAGACAUGGAGCAUACCGGAAAACUUGGAUGCUUUAUUUACAAUAUA